UCAAUUUGCACACUUCCCAUUCAGUCCGACCGUUUGGAGCCGUAUUUGCGUCCUACCGCAGUGUUCUUUUGAUUUGCUUACUGAGAUUCAAUCUUCUUCUUCUUCUUCUUUUUCUUUUUCUUGUUUGUUUUAAUUUUGCAGUUUCACAAUGGGCACGAAAGGAUGGCCACGAGUUUCCUCGGAACGUCAAAAUUGGCACAAUAUUUUCAACGCUAUGGUGCAGAUGUUGCGUAACCAAAAGACACAGCUCGACACACUCGCCAAAGAGCGCAAAAUUCUCGAACAACGGCUCAGAAUGCAACAUGAUAACUGGGUCUCCGAUGUUCGCCUCUUGGAGGAUCAGAUAUCUCAGAUGAAGGGCGAUUUCGUUACGCAAAAGAUAUCUGGCUCACUUGAGGCGGCAAAGUCAGAAUUCGUUAUCGGUUUGAAGGAAAGAGAGGCUUUUCUUAACAAAAUUAGACUCGAAUAUGCAGACAAUGAGUUGGAUGAUCUUAAAGCCUUGUUCAAUUUAAUGUCCAACAAAUUGUCUGAUCAAGAGAUAGGAGGCAGUGAUAAGGAUAUAAGGUCUUUAAAAAACACCAAGGAUGGCAAGCAUCUUUCUAAUAGACCAGAAAGUGAAGUAAAAAGAUUAAAGCAGGAAUAUGAGAAGCUUGCUUUAGAAAAGAAUUCUGAGGUAUCUGCACUGUUGGCAGAGAAGCAAUUUGUAUGGAACCAAUAUAAAAUUAUGGAGGCUAAUUAUACCAUCAAAUUAAAUAACAAGAGUUCUGAGGUUGACGCAGCAAAGGGGAAGGUACAGGAACUUCUUGCCAGUAUGGAGCAACUGCAGUCAUCAAAUAAUGAAAAGGAUGACAGGAUUGCAAGACUAACAAGUGAAGUGGCUAAGAUGAAUGAUGAAUCAAAUAAAUUGAAAGAAGAAACUUUCAGACUCUCCCAGGAGUUGGAUUCAUUAAGAAAGUUCAAAAGUGCUUCAGUAACACCUGUUUUGAAAGGCUGUACAGCUGGAACCAGAACUUCUCGCUUGAGAGGCAAUAAUAGUGAUGGGAAUAGAAUCGUUACUGUGAAGAAAGAAUCAUCUGCUCUACAGAUUCCUGAUUCUAUCAAGGGAAAGGGUUCCAAAAGUUCCAAGAGAAAAGGAGAUGUAAUAAUUAUCUCGGAGACCCCAAAGUUGUUCACCUCCUCAUUUAAAGUUCCCAAAUUGAAGAACUCAACUCCACAUAUGCAUUAACCUGCUCGAACGUGUAUUUGGUUUUAACUCAACUCUUGGUCUGUCUAAUAUAUACAUAUAUAUAUAUAUAUAUAUAUAUAUAUAUAUAUAUAUAUAUAUUUAUGUUUCUCUUUUUGGCCUUUCGUGUAAGUUAAACUGUUAGUUUUAGGCUCUUAGUCUAGGAAAAGUUAUUUUUUCCCACCGAUAAUUUUUUAUUGAGUGUAUAUUGUUUCUGGCUUCUGGAUUUUGCAUCUGGAUAUACUUUUGAAGAGGUGUAACGUAUCUGAAUUCUGCUGUCACUCACCUCUUUGAUGUAAAUUACCAUAGUGGUAUUUCUUUAAGGAAAGUUCAUAUUCUUUUCUACUAGUUGUUAUUCCCUUUUAA